GGGGCUAAAACUUGCUAAAAUAGGACCAGACCACCUCGACGCAACCUUUAGUGUGUUCGUUGUUGGAUCUCCUGGUGGAGUUCUUCCUGAGCCACAUGAUGAAGAAGUUCCCCCUGGAGUUGUACACGUUGUGUAUCAGCGUCCUCCAGCGCAUCCUCUGCUACCAGAAACGGUGCAGAAUCAGACUGAACUACGUUUGGAAGAACCUAUGGACUGCGUUACUUCUAGUCUUACGAUUUCUCUUGCAGCACGAAAACUACCUAUCGAAAAAAAUGAACAUAAUAGAGCUGUCGACGAAAAUCAUCAACAUUUUUAAUUUUUUUAUCACGUACGGGGACACGUUCCUGCCGACGCCGGGCAGCUACGACGAGCUUUACUACGAAUUAAUCCGGAUGCACCAGAUUUUCGAUAAUCUAUAUUCAAUGGGCCUGCGCUAUUCCACCACAGAGGGCGAACACAAGGACGCCGCCUUGAAACUCAACAACAGCCUGAUCAACGUGCGGGCCAUCAUCAAGCACUUUUCGCCGAAAAUCGAACAGUGGUUGAUUUCCGCCAACUUGUCGACCCCCAGCGAACAACAAAUUCUCGACGUUGUCAAAAAAAAUUAUGACAGUUUGACGUUGAAGUUGCAAGAUUCGCUGGACCAGUAUGACAGAUACAGCGAAAAACCCGAACACGUGACUUUCUUCACCCACUUGAUUAAAAGCAUAGUGUCAGAUACGUGCGGGAAUAUAGGCUUGGGGUUGGCCAACUUGCAAAAAAAUGACUUUAUAAGUAAUGAAUUAAAGUGAUGUUUGUAA